UGAGGCCCAGACACUCAGUGAAUGUCCAGUCACUGGUGCAGUGAGUCAACUCUUCCUCCUCACUUCUCACUCACCUUAAUGUGAGUCUUGGGUCCUCCUCAGACUGUACAAGCGAGGUAUAAGACUUAAAACACUCAAGUGUGUGUGUAACCAUGAGAACGUUGCGUCACUUGACUCGACCACAUCGCAGGAAGACAAUUAGGAAACAUUUAACAGGUGUUUGUGUACUUGUGUGAAAUCCCGUUUGAGUUAUAUAGAGUCUGGAAGAUUGCCAGAAGUUGAGAGAUAGACAAGACACUGGAACACCUCGCUGGUGUAGACGACGGAGCAGCCGCUGGGUUACCAAGUCCCACUUUGCCUCUCCCUUCCUCUCUCGCACAGUAAGCCACUCCUCAGACAGUGGAAACCCCAGUCUCCUCGCUGCUUCACAAAGGUAAAGAGCCGUUAAGUGGAGUGCGAGAGGUAGAACAACAGAAGCAGUAAUAGAGGAAGGACGCUAACCAUGGACCCCGACGGUCAGACCAGACUGUUGAGGCUGCUGGUGGUGCUGGUGCUGUUGAUCGCCCUCAGUUGGCUGGACACACUCCUGGGUCCUCUGGAACACGACCCUGGCGCCCGCGCAGCUCUGAUAGCAUCACGGAGGCAGGACAAGUCUCUGGAAGGUCAGGAGGAGAGGAAGAAGAGAGCAGCUGGACACAACAAUGUGCACGAAUAUAGCAACAUUUACUUAGAAGACGAGGAAGAUGAGGAGGGGACGCCGUCCUUUGCCAAGUCUCUCAAGGCCAAGUCCCGAUGGUACGUGCAGACGCCCAUGUUCCACUUCGACCUUUACUCGUGUUUACCUCGCUUUGUGUGCGAGGUGCACGCCCAGGCCUCCCAGGCAGACCUCUCCAGACUGGAGCUCGAUAUCAUCAAUCUCUUCAGGAAUUACUUGCCGCUGGAGGGCCCGGACUCUCCCGUCUACAAGUACCAGCUGGCAGCGCACAUGGGCCAGCUGGCCACAGGACUGGAACCCUCUCCCUGCUACUCUAUCUACCCUUCGUGUCCACUCUCCAGGGUCCAGGUCAUAGAGGCGCUCAGGAGCGUCAAGACUUCCAGAAAGAUGUUUUCUUGACGUCUUCAGCCGCAACGAUGAUUACCUCAGAUUAUUAUACGUUUUGACAUUAAUAAACGUUUUUCCUACCA